GCCCUUCACCCAGCCGCCUCCCACUUUCUCCAGUGGCUGAAGUUCUGACUUUUCCUAGACAGCUGGAGAAAGCCAGCUCGCAAAAGCAGAGCUAUAUUAUCCACUUCCUCGCUCCGGUGGGACGCUAGAGAGGAAAUCACACUUUGUAACUGGCUCUCCCGGGGGAGAGGACAGCGCAGCCCUGAGGUCUUGGGCGCGCGCCCGCCUGGCUGCAGUGAUUUACCUUCACGGAAAUUGGGGGAUUCAGAAAAUUGGGAGCUCUUAUGAACAUGGCCAACCUACUGAGAACAGCGGUGACUGGCUGUUCAUGUCCUUUGCUUAACAAUUUGGGGUCCUGUAAGGUUUUCCCUGGGAAGAAGGAGUUUUUACGAAAACUUCAUACUCAUCAGGUGCUGUGGUCUGAAGCCUCUGCAAAACCAGGAAUUCCAUAUAAGCAAUUGACUGUUGGCGUUCCCAAGGAGAUUUUCCAAAAUGAGAAGCGAGUGGCGCUGUCACCUGCUGGUGUUCAGGCCUUGGUCAAGCAGGGUUUUAAUGUUGUUGUGGAAUCAGGCGCUGGAGAAGCUUCCAAAUUCUCAGAUGAUCACUACAGAGCAGCUGGUGCCCAAAUCCAAGGGGCAAAGGAAGUGCUGGCUUCUGAUUUGGUGGUCAAAGUUCGAGCCCCCAUGGUUAAUCCAACGUUAGGUGUUCAUGAAGCUGACCUUUUGAAGACGUCAGGAACACUGAUUAGUUUUAUUUACCCAGCCCAAAAUCCAGACUUGCUAGAUAAACUUUCCAAAAGAAAAACUACCAUUCUGGCAAUGGACCAGGUUCCAAGAGUCACAAUUGCUCAGGGAUAUGACGCGCUGAGCUCCAUGGCCAACAUUGCUGGUUAUAAGGCUGUUGUACUAGCAGCAAAUCAUUUUGGACGAUUUUUCACUGGUCAGAUCACAGCUGCUGGAAAAGUUCCUCCUGCAAAGAUUCUGAUAAUUGGUGGUGGUGUUGCUGGGCUGGCCUCUGCAGGUGCAGCAAAGGCAAUGGGUGCAAUUGUACGUGGAUUUGAUACCAGAGCUGCAGCUUUGGAGCAGUUCAAAUCUCUGGGUGCUGAACCCUUGGAGGUGGAUGUGAAGGAAUCUGGUGAGGGACAAGGAGGAUAUGCAAAGGAGAUGUCUAAAGAAUUCAUUGAUGCGGAAAUGAAGCUCUUUGCUCAACAGUGCAAGGAGGUGGAUAUCCUGAUCAGCACAGCACUUAUUCCAGGUAAAAAGGCUCCAGUUUUAUUUAGUAAAGAAAUGAUUGAGUCAAUGAAGGAAGGUUCAGUUGUUGUGGAUUUAGCUGCUGAGGCUGGCGGAAACUUUGAAACCACUAAGCCAGGAGAACUUCAUGUGCAUAAGGGAAUUACUCACAUCGGCUAUACCGACCUUCCCAGCCGAAUGGCCACGCAGGCCAGCACCCUAUAUUCUAACAACAUCACUAAACUCCUGAAGGCCAUCAGCCCCGACAAAGAUAAUUUUUAUUUUGAAGUGAAAGAUGACUUUGACUUUGGUACAAUGGGUCAUGUCAUUAGGGGAACUGUGGUCAUGAAGGAUGGUGAAGUGAUUUUCCCUGCUCCCACACCAAAAAAUAUUCCUCAAAGUGCCCCAGAAAAACCAAAGACAGUUGCUGAGGUGGAAGCUGAAAAGGCAGCAACAGUGACACCCUUCAGGAAAACGUUGACAGCAGCUUCUGCUUAUACAGCAGGUCUCUCUGGGAUGCUGGGUUUGGGCAUCGUGGCUCCUAAUUUAGCCUUUUCUCAGAUGGUGACCACUUUUGGCCUGGCCGGCAUUGUGGGGUACCACACCGUUUGGGGUGUGACCCCCGCUCUCCACUCACCACUGAUGUCCGUGACUAAUGCAAUCUCAGGCUUGACUGCGGUUGGUGGGCUGGCGCUGAUGGGAGGACAUUUGUAUCCCUCCACAACUGCUCAGGGCCUUGCUGCUCUUGCUACUUUCAUAUCCUCAGUCAACAUUGCAGGUGGCUUUCUGGUGACACAGAGAAUGCUGGACAUGUUCAAACGCCCCACUGAUCCCCCAGAAUACAAUUACCUGUAUCUACUCCCUGCUGGUACCUUCAUUGGGGGAUAUUUAGCUGCCCUCUACAGUGGUUAUAACAUUGAACAAAUCGUGUACCUGGGCUCAGGUCUGUGCUGUGUUGGUGCCUUGGCCGGCCUUUCCACCCAGGGAACAGCUCGUCUUGGCAAUGCAUUGGGCAUGAUUGGGGUGUCUGGAGGCCUGGCGGCCACCCUUGGAGGCCUCUCACCAGGGCCAGAACUGUUAGCUCAGAUGUCUGGAGCAAUGGCUUUGGGCGGUACCAUUGGCUUAACAAUUGCCAAACGCAUCCAAAUUACAGACUUACCUCAGUUAGUUGCUGCUUUUCACAGUUUAGUGGGCUUGGCAGCUGUACUCACUUGCAUCGCGGAGUACAUUGUCGAGUAUCCACAUUUUGCCAUGGAUGCAACAGCAAACCUCACCAAGAUCGUGGCCUACCUCGGAACUUACAUCGGUGGUGUCACAUUUAGUGGGUCUCUUGUUGCCUAUGGAAAAUUGCAGGGUAUCCUAAAAUCUGCCCCUCUCAUACUCCCUGGAAGGCACUUACUCAAUGCAGGCCUGCUGGCUGCUAGUGUGGGUGGAAUGAUGCCGUUUAUGAUGGACCCCAGCUUUACCACCGGCAUUACCUGUCUGAGCUCUGUGUCAGCUCUCUCUGCUGUCAUGGGUGUGACUUUGACUGCUGCCAUCGGGGGUGCUGACAUGCCCGUGGUUAUCACUGUGCUGAACAGCUACUCUGGCUGGGCCUUGUGUGCAGAGGGGUUUCUGCUCAACAACAACCUGCUGACCAUCGUGGGUGCGCUCAUUGGCUCCUCUGGUGCCAUCCUGUCCUACAUCAUGUGUGUGGCUAUGAAUCGCUCCCUGACUAAUGUGAUUCUUGGAGGCUAUGGCACUUCUUCAACAGCUGGUGGAAAACCCAUGGAAAUUACUGGCACACAUACAGAAAUCAACCUUGACAAUGCAAUUGACAUGAUUCGAGAAGCUAGUAGUAUUAUUAUUACUCCAGGCUAUGGUCUCUGUGCAGCCAAAGCUCAGUACCCCAUUGCUGAUUUGGUAAAGAUGCUCACUGAACAGGGCAAAAAUGUCAGGUUUGGAAUUCACCCAGUUGCAGGCCGGAUGCCUGGUCAGCUUAAUGUGCUGCUGGCUGAGGCCGGCGUGCCAUAUGAUAUUGUGUUGGAGAUGGAUGAGAUCAACCAUGAUUUCCCAGACACUGAUUUGGUCCUUGUUAUUGGAGCUAAUGACACUGUUAAUUCAGCAGCACAAGAAGACCCCAAUUCUAUAAUUGCAGGCAUGCCAGUCCUGGAGGUCUGGAAAUCAAAGCAGGUUAUCGUAAUGAAGAGGUCCCUGGGUGUUGGCUAUGCUGCAGUGGACAAUCCAAUCUUCUACAAACCUAACACGGCCAUGCUGCUAGGAGAUGCCAAGAAGACAUGUGAUGCCCUGCAGGCCAAAGUGAGAGAAUCCUACCAGAAGUAAUCGUGAAAGACCAAGCUGUUCUCUAGCUGUUCUCUACCAAAGCUGCCUCUUUACUUGUGGAAACUGGCAAAUCAAGUCUUGGUACUUACAGCUAACAUAUAUCUGUAGCAAAACUCUUGAAGUAAAGGAAGACUCUGAAGAAAGCAAAACAAAUACAGGGAGAUUUUUCUAGAACAGUGAUAUCUCCAUUUGAAAAAAGGAUUGAAAAUUCUAAAUGUUUUUCUAUGCAUAUGUUUCGUGUGUGUUAUAAAUCAAAAAUAUUUUUAAAAAGGAGAAAGAACAACAUCAUUUUCGAUGUAAUCCAUUUGGAUUUUUUAAAAAUUCCUCCAUUAACAUCUGGGGAAGACAAGCUACUAUGAAAUAAACUGUUUGCAAUUAAGUUUUUUUCCCCCCAAAUCAGAGUAUGUUUUGAGAUCUUAUUUAAUUGAUGAUUGGUGAGCAGUGGUGGCACUUUUUUUAUUUCUUAGCUACCUCUUUGUUACUACACACCAAUAAAGAUUGUCUUUUGCCUUUUGCCUCAACAGUGUCGAUUUUCUUUGUGACUUUGCUACUU